UUCACCGUAACCGCACAAUGUGAUAUUUUAAUUUUUAUUAUUUAUUUUUUUAAAUAUCUACAUACCUUUCGAAGAAGUGAAAAUUCGCCGCGACGGUAUGCUUCAGCCCAUGUAGAGUUGUUUCCUUGCAGAAGAUUGCAUAAACUUCAUAUACAUUCGAAAUGGCAACUUUAAUCGAUUGUAUUGUUGAGUUCUUGCGAGUCAGGCAGCUCAAUAUUGCGUUAGCGGCCCUAUUGACGCUAGCCUACUUUGUGUAUCAAUACCGGAAAACGAUUUUCAAACUAGAAGAGGACGAUGGCCUUCAACGCAGAUGUUCAAGCAGAAUGUCUAGAUCACGAUCCAAAUCUCGCUCAAGGUCAAGAACAAGAGCAGACUACAAACUGUCAGACAUGAAACGAAGAGGCAGGAAACCUACACGGCGCUGCCCAGACUGCAGCCUAUGUAACUUUGACGAAUAGUCUCGUCAAAGGCAACAAAAUAAUAUAAUUUAUAGAAACGAGU